CUAUAUAAAGGAACGGUAAACUUAUUUCGUCGGCCUUCGCUGCACCUUCUUCCACUUCUCUUCUUCUGCAGAGUGAGAAUUGUCUUUGUGCUUAUCUGGGGUGCAAGACAAGAUGGCAAAGGGAAACAGGGUUGGUGUCAAGGGAAGUAAUCUGAGAAGGAUUCAACAAAGGGGACAGGACUCAGAAGAGUCAGAUGAGGAAUACAAGGUGACUGAGGAUGAAGAUUGUGACGAGUCAGAUGAGUGUUAUUCUUUAGAUGGUGAUGAAUCAGAAGAGAUAUUAGCUGAUUUUGAAGAGUCCAGGAGGGUUGUUAGAUCAAGAAGCACCCGGAGGACUUCUUCAGGUAGGAAGGGAGAUGAGAUAAAGAAGCCUCGGAAAAAGAGAAGAGUUCUUCAUACAAAAGAUGAAGUUGAAGAUGAUGAUGAUGAUGAAGAGGAGGAUGAGGAGUUUAAUGAUGAAGAUGAUGCAGAAUUUAUGUCUUUGGAUAGGAAGUCUGACCAUAUAAAGAAGCCUAGGGAAAAGAAGAGGAUUUCAUAUACAGAAUUGGAUGAUGAGGAGGAAGAGGACUAUGAAGAACUUGUUCCUUCUGGUAGAAGGAGGAACCUAAGAAAGAAGCAUCAGGAGAAGAAGAGGGUUUUAGAUACAGAAGAUGAUGAGGAUGAUGAUGCAGAAUUUAUGCAUUUGGGUAGGAAGGUAAGCCAGGAAAAGAAGCUUCGGGAAAAGAGGAAGGUUUUAUAUACAGAAGAUGAUGAUGAAGAUGCAGAUGCAGAUGAAGAUGAAGAUGAUUCUGAGUUUAUGUGUACAAGUAGGAAGGGAAACCUGACAAAGGAGACUCGAGAAAAGAGGACUGUUUCAUAUAAAGAAGACAAUCAGGAAGAGGAGGAUGAAAAUGAUGCAGAAUUUGUAUUAAGUGAGGGUGAUUUUGUUGAUUAUGACGACGAAAGUCCAAAGAUGAAGAAAAAUGAGAGCAUAAGUAGGCACCAUCCACAAAAGAGAAGUGUUGGGGGAGGACGAAAAAAGAGCAAAAAGUCAAAGAUUAAAAAGCCUACAAGACCAAAACAAAGAAAUCGAAGGGUUGGCCAAAAGUCAGGUUCUUCUAAGGAGAGGCCUGCCACAAACAAAAACCAGGUCGAAAAACGAAGUAAGAAAAUUCCUAGGCGACGGAAGCAGAGAGUGACGGCAGAAUCUGAUUCCGAUUUUGUUAGUUCUCCAUCAUUGGAUCAUGAAUACACCAUCUCGGAGGAAGAGAGAGAACAGAUGAGAGAAGCCAGUGUAUACUGUGCAAAUUUGAGAGCUAAGUUGAGGAGCUCCUCCUGUGGAAAGCAUGAAGAAGAACCAGUCUUUGAACAAAGGAAAAAUCCGGUACGAAAGGGUAAAGAGAAGGUAGAAGAUAUGAAGGAUGAAGUAGGGAAGCAAGUUUGUGGAAUUUGUUUGUCUGAAGAAGGGAAGAGAACUGUGAGAGGAGUACUAAAUUGUUGUCGCCAUUAUUUCUGUUUCUCUUGUAUCAUGGAAUGGUCGAAGGUGGAAUCUCGUUGCCCUCUCUGCAAGCAAAGAUUUGCAACAAUAACAAAGGCCGCAAAAUCAGACACAGGGUUUGAUUUAAGGACUGUAGUUGUACCUGUUCCUGAGUGUGAUCAGGUUUACCAACCAUCUGAGGAAGAGCUGAGGGGUUACCUUGAUCCAUAUGAAAGUGUGAUAUGUACUGAAUGUCACCAUGGGGGGGACGAUGCUUUGAUGUUACUAUGUGAUAUAUGCGAUUCACCUGCACACACCUUUUGUGUUGGUCUUGGACGGGAAGUUCCUGAAGGAAAUUGGUAUUGCGAAGGAUGCAGACCUACUGUUUUUGGUUCCCUAAGUUCUCAACGUCCAACUCCCACUUCAGAUCGAAGAUCAAGUGGCAUUGCAUCAGAUCUACCAUCCCCAACUGCUGGAGGUUUUGAUCUUAAUGAGUUGUAUGUACCUGAAACGCCCUUGACACAACAAUCUCGCGUUCUCCCUGAACCUAGACUCCCUGGUGGUGAUUUUAUGCCUGCUCCUGCUGGAACUGUAGCUACUACACUAAGGGAUAGACGCAGAAUACAUCGUCAGAUGCAUCAUCGGUUGCUAACUAAUAAUAGAAUGAGUGAUUUAGUUGCUAGAUCUAGCAGAACACCACCAUCUUCUUCAGGAAUUAGAUUAUUUGGCUCUCAACUUGAUCAAGCUAGGGAUUCAACUCCUCAAAGGAAUGUCCACCCUCAUGCAUCAUUUAAUGGAAGGGAGGAUCAUGUUAUGUCUUCAAUGCAUGACAUCAAUCUUCUCUCUCCAAGAGUUGAUCAAUUUGGUGUACAGGUACAGGAUUCAAGUUUGCCGGCUGUUGAUGUGUCAUUGCAAGCUGAACAUAGCGGCUCUGGUAUGGCCUGAUUCAAGAUUGGGAUUUGCACAACUCCACCCUUGCACUAACAGAUCAAGCAUUGGGUCUGAUGCCAGCUUAUCUCCAUAUGCAUGCAGAGAG